GUCCAGAUUACGUUAGGAUAAGUCAUGUGGCGUUCGGUAGUGGUGCUUCUUGCGCUUUCCGCGAGCUGUUCCGGACUAGAGCUCCAGUCCGAGGAAUCGACUCUGUUGAACCACCUCAGCGCGGUUGUUCCCCACGGGAAGCGUCUCAAGCUGAAGGUAGAGAACCUGAACCAUCCGGCCCUACGAUGGCGCUUCAAUGGUCGUCCGGUGUCGGAAAAAUGCGAGGUCGCGAUCGCGCAGUCCUCCAGCACGUUGAGCUGUCCGGAUAUGGACUGGAGCGAUGCCGGACUGUACGAGUACGAGGCGAUCGCGGCGGAUGGGCGACGAGAGAUCGUGCUGGCAGUGGACGUUAAGGUGGCAGAGUGUACGGAGGAGCUGGCUGCGAAGCAGCAGCAACAGCUGUUCCUGAAGAAGGUUCAGGAAGAGUGCUUCUGCUCGGGGAUUACCGACAGGUGUCGGAAGGCGGCGAGUCUGUUUAGGAAUCGGAUCGUGGCGAAUGUCACCGAGUCGGAUAUGGUGGAUUUGAAGAUCUCCAGCGAUACCGUUGAGGAGUCGUGGAGUGAGGACUCCGAGCAGGAAUCGUGGACGUACUAUUCACUGCCGUCGUCGCAGGUUGGGAAUCUGUUGAAAUCGUACGGAGGAUUCUUUGACUUUCCCACGAACGAUGACGGGAUCGACGAGGACGGUCCGGAUGUGAUUUUGAAGGGGAAGUACUAUACACUGGUUCAUCACAACCGUCGCGAGCUGCUGAGUAGUGAGGUUAGUCGGAGUAAGAUUGAGAUGACCGAGGACGACUGGCGUCAGCUGAAUGGUGAAGUCGUUACGAAGUCGGUGUUCAUGACGGUGCUGGGAAACGUGAAGGCUUUCUACGUCAAGUGUCACCAGUUUCGACUAGCGGAACCGCAGCUGAUGGUUUUGGAUAGUGCCGAUUGGGUCGAUCGAGGAUUGGGCGUAGUGAAAACCGUUGAAGAAUGCGAGUGUCGCACGGGUUACAAGGGCAUGUCAUGCGAGAGUUGUUCCAGAGGAUACUACCGUCGGCAUGCCGUAGGUGUUCAGGGAAUCUGCGUGUCGAUCAGGGAAAAGUGGGAAUCACUGAAAGCUUCCCACAGCUUGAAGCACAAGUACGCCUAGUUAGGCCGCACCUUCGCAGAUCAUCGUGGAACCCCCCCAUCAGAUAUUCCUAAUAGCCGUUUAAUGGUAAUAAAUAAACAUAAACAAAUUAGCCCAUCUCGACACGAAA